CACAUUGAUGGGUAUAUCUUGCAUUUGUUUUAUUUGUUAGCCGGAUGUGCGGAUGGGGGAUGUGUAAUCUUUGAUUUCGAAACUAGAGGCAUUGCAAAGGAGAUUCGUGAUAUUGACUGCUCUGCUGCUAUCACAAGUGUCUCCUGGUCAAAGUAUGGUCACCGCUUGCUUGUUUCAGCUGCAGACAAGUCAUUAACUCUUUGGGAUGUCUCAACUGGUGAGAAGAUUGCUCGUACCAUUCUUCAGCAGACUCCGUUGCAGGCUCGCUUAAACCCUGGCUUGACUUCUCCUUCUCUCUGUCUUGCCUGCCCUCUCUCAUCUGCUCCUAUGAUUGUUGACUUUGAUAUUGAUUGCACCACUUUGCUUCCGGUUGCUGUCCCUGAGAUGCCUGAUGUGUUAGCUCCUCCGCAACGCAGUAAAUGUCCUGAAUCGAAUCCUCCUUUCUCUCCAGCUGCAGCGUGCUUUAACAAGUGUGGGGAUCUUGUUUAUAUUGGGAAUUCCAAAGGAGAGAUACUUGUCAUUGAUUACAAGAGUGUUCGUGUUCUUGCUUUGGUUCCUGUGUCUGGUGCGGCACCAGUGAAGAACAUAGUGUUUAGCAGGAAUGGGCAGUAUCUUCUCACGAAUUCUCAC